UUCUUCUCCAACGCACGCUACCCUGUUGUUCUUGACGAGCAGUUCGCUGGACACUUCUUGCCAGUCACCACCAUGUUCAUGCUCACCAAGAGAACCAAGCACCACCACCAACCUCUCCAUCACAAGCUCCUCAUCUUGCUGAGCACCUUCACUCUCGCAUCUAUCCUUUACCUCUCCUUCUCCUUCUCCGGCUCCAAGCACGUCCACCCAUCUCUCCACCCGGAUCCACUGUCGGUCACAGUCACAGCCGAAUCUCCAAGAGCUCAGAGCUCGUCUCUGAGAUCGCAACCUCACUCUCCCUUCGCGAACCUGACCUCUCCAGCUCCCACCUCUGCAUCUUCCAGUGCAGAUGCUUUGUCUCCGCCGAAAAAGGAGAGAGAUUUUGGUCCCUAUCACGACUGGCUGGCUUUCGCUGCUAAUUUUCAAGAAAUGAUGCGUUCCUUCAAGAUUUACGUUUACCCAGACGCUUAUUACUCGUCCUCUUCGUCUUCUUCUUCUCCGUUUGCCAACAUUUUCUUGCCCCACGUCGACCCUUUUAACCCCAAGCUUGGCAACUACUUCAGCGAGCACAUGUUCAAGAUCUCUCUCCUUCGGAGCUCGCUCGUCACCUCCGAUCCCCAGCAAGCUCAAUUCUUUUUCAUGCCCUUUUCGAUCAACAACAUGCGGAACGACCCUCGGGUGCGUCACGAGGGGACGAUAGCGGACUUCGUCGCUGAGUACGCCGCGAGGAUCGGCCGGGAGUUCGGGUUCUGGAAUGCGUCGGGGGGAGCUGAUCACUUCUACGCACACUGCCACUCUGUCGGCAGGGACGCGGCAUCUAAGCACCGCGAUUUGCUCAACCAUGCGGUUCAGGUCACUUGUUCAUCGAGCUAUUUCCAGAGGUCUUAUGUGGCACAUAAGGACGUGGCGCUUCCGCAAGUCUGGCCGAGGAGAGAUGAGCAGGUUCUGACCCCUCCGAGUGAAAGGCACCGACUUGUUUUCUUUUCGGGGCGCAUCCAAAACUCUCGCAUUCGCCAAGAGUUGAUAGACACGUAUGAAAACGAUACGUCCAUGGAUGUUUUUUCUAGAAGUCCUUUUCCUUACGAAGAAGGUCUCAAGGGAAGCAGAUAUUGCCUCCAUGUGAAAGGUUAUGAGGUGAACACAGCGAGGGUCUGUGACGCUAUACAUUAUGGUUGUGUUCCUGUUAUUCUUUCAAAUUACUAUGACCUUCCAUUUUCUAACAUCUUGGACUGGAGCAAGUUCUCCGUCAUUAUCAACCAUAGGGAGAUAUCGUCCUUGAAGGAAAGACUAUUGGCUAUACCGGCAGAAAUUUACCUCAGCAUGUACCAUAAUCUGUCCCAAGUAAGAAAACACUUCAUGUGGCACACAACACCGAGAGGUUUCGAUUCCUUUUACAUGACUGCUUACCAGUUAUGGGUGAGGCGAGGGGUGCAUCGUCUGUUGUAUUGAUCACCUUCAAGUUCAUCAGUCUUUAGUGCAUACAUGUUGGCAGAACCAGAAACUUUUUGCUCUUUUAUUUUUCCUCUUUAGAAAUAGAUUGGCGUUUGAUAUGGCGGGAGAAUUGUUUGCUUCAGGCAGAGCUGACUCGACAAUGGUGAAAGUUAGAGACAGAACCAUACUAGUUAUGGAGCUGUAAGUGGGUUUACUUCCUUGCUUGUUCAAGAAAAGAUAUGCGUGGAUAGGAUAUGCAGAUUUGGUGUCUGGUAAAAUGCCAAGCUCUGGUCGUUAGAACUUUAUAAUGCAUUGUAAUGAUGAGCCGACAUAUUUUUCAAUACAGUUCAAGCCUCUUGCAACCAGGAGUUAUUAUGGGAGAGUAAGUUAUACAUUGUACUUCAUUGCUUAUUUCAAUUGUGUUGCUAUGUGAUUCUUGCUCUGUUCUAAAAAUAUAAAAUGCCAUGUUCUGUGCACAAAUAUCUGUAGCAGUUUGUGGUUAUCCGUCAACCAUUUGAGAAUACUACCAACUCAUCCAACAGCCAAGAUAUCCGAGUGAACCACUUAUACAAGUAGAUCACUAUGUAUGGUGGCUCAAUUAGGAAGCCAAAACCUAAAAGCCGAUUUACUGAUGGAAUGUGCAAAAGCCGCGGAGCAAUGACAAUAGAAGAGGAUGGCUCUGUGGAGAAUGAUGUUCGUCUCCAGGAUUUUCAUUUUAGGUCCUAUUUUCUGUUGUACAGAAGGUUUGACGGGAGCAAGUUCUUAUCCAUGUUACAGAUUGUAAAAUGUAAUCAAGGGUCAAUGAGGAAAGUCACAGGCUUCCAUGCACGGAAGAGACAUAUCUGCCUGAGAA